CUACUCCCCUCCAUCUUCCUCUUUGUUAUUUAGUGAUGCAGAUGUAACGUUAUCGGUAUCGUUAUAAUUCUAUUUAUCGAUAAAACAACGUUAAAAAAAUGUGUGUUACCUAUUACCGUUAAAAACUAUAAUGCUAUAAAUAAAAGGUGUCAGCAAAGUUAAUGUUAUUUACCGGUAUUUUAUAAUGGUAAUCACCAAAGAGUAUAUAUGAUAAUUACCCAAGUUUACCAUAAUUGCCAAGCUCUUCUUUGCUUCAUUCACUAAUUAUUGCAUUUGUAUUUUGUAGUGAUUUGUAGUGCAAUUGUUGGUUUUGGUGCAUUUGUUUAUAUCUUUAAUUUAUUACUUUUAUAGUGAAAACAGAUGGUAAUUGUACUCUUGGUAGGUGCUUAGUUUUUUAAACAUUUGGAUUAAGCAUUGGUUACGUAAAAUAAAAUACCUACGAUACAGUUUUUACAAGGCAACUAUAGUUAUUAUCAUGAUUAUUCUGAUAAAUCUCCUAUUUUGCACUCUAUGUAACAUUUCCGAAAUCAUUAAUUUUCAUACUAUCAUAGCACUUAUGAAGAGCAUUCAUUAUAAUGAAUAGUACUAGUAUGAUAAAUCGCAGUAGACAUAAAGAGUGGCGUAAGAUUGCCAAAAGAGAAAGAAGAAGAAGAAUUCGAACUUUCAAAGCAAAAGAAAGAGACUAUUUACCGCCUCAUGAGUAUGAAAAGUGGUGUAAAGAUCAAGAAUCACUAGAGUUGAUUGAACUAGAACAGAUAGAAAAAUCAAAUCAAGCAGAAAAUGACAAAUGGUUGAAAGCUGAACAGGUAGCAUUAGAACAAUGGAAAAAAAUUCAAUUGCAAAAGGAAUUAUUGCAUCGAGAGAAACUUCAACAGCAAGCUAAGUUGAAACUAGAAUGGGAAACGGAAGAAGAAAAAAGGAAGAGUGAAGUGGAACGCUUAAAAGAAAUAGAAGAGGAAAAUAGAAAAAGACAAGAAGUCUUUAUGGACAAUUUAAAUAAAUUUUUAAAUGGCGAUUUAGUUGAACCUCCUAAAGAAUUAUUAAUUUUAUAUGAAACUAAACCAAAUAGUGCGCCAUGUCCAUUUUUUACCAAGACGGCGUGUUGUCGUUUUGGUGACGAAUGCUCAAGAAAUCAUAAAUAUCCUGGCAUAAGUAAAGUACUUCUAGCUGCAAAUAUGUUUGGACAUUUCGGGUUAGAAAAUGCUAAUUUCAAUGAAUAUGACACAGACAUAAUGUUGGAGUAUGAAGACAGUGAUACAUACAAAGAAUUUAAAGACUUUUUUUUUGAUAUUUUACCUGAGUUUCAGAAAUUUGGAAAAGUAGUGGAGUUAAAGGUUUGUAAUAAUUAUGAAAAACAUCUUCGAGGAAAUACAUAUAUAGAAUAUGCUGAUAUACGGAGUGCUGUUCAAGCAUAUCGAACAUUACACUCAAGAUGGUAUGGAGGCAAACAGCUUUCACUUCAAUUUUGUGAACUGACGUCAUGGAAUAAUGCUAUGUGUGGAUUACAAUCCAGUAAACGAUGUCCGAAGGGAAGAGCAUGUAAUUUUUUGCAUGUUUUCAGAAAUCCUAUAAAAUUAUUUGUGGAAAAUCGAAACUCUGAAAGACCAAAACGUACACCAUCUCGAUCUUGGAGGUGGUCGGAAUCACCUGAGCGAGAGUCACCAAGACAUAAGGAUAAAGAAAGAUAUUGCAGUAAGGACCACGACAGAAGGCGUCAUCGACACAGAUCGCAUCGAUCAAGCUCUUCUCGCAAUCGUGAUAGAUGAAAUAAAAUUGUUUAAUAUUAAUCUUAUUUUUUGCUCAAUACUGAGAUUUUUUGUAACCCCUGACCGGUAGUGCAUUUAUUUUUUAUUUCGGUAAAAGCGCUUAAUAUAUAAAGAUAAGAAUAAGAAUAAUAUUUCUCUUCAUAUGUUAUUAUUUGGUCUAUGCCUUAGAAAGCUGUAAAUAAAGAUGCAAAGAAAUGCUUUUUUACUAUCUAUUACGAAA